UGACGAACAUGUGAUAGGCAGUGGUUGCGAAAAUGGCGGAACUCUUAGCUGACACUUGCGGUUUUCGCUUUUUGGUGUUGUUCUUUAACUGUAUGUUAACAUUUGGAUCAUAUUUUUGUUUUGAUAUGCCCAGUGUUUUACAAGAUACUUUCACACAGCGCAAUAAUUGUACAAAUGAUUCCAAAAGCUUCCACGAUGACAAAACCUUUGAUUCUAGUCUCUAUGGUAACGCAUCUAGUCCAAAUGUAACAUGUAAUAAUUGUACAGAAUGUCUUGGAAUGUCUGAAGAUAACUACAAUCUACUUUAUGCUAUAUAUGCCUGGACUAAUGCUGUUGUGGUAAUUGCUGCUGGUUUCCUUAUAGAUAAAUUAGGAAACAGAUUUGGAGUUUUCCUCUUCUCAUUUUUAUGUGUUGUUGGAUCAUCGACAUUUGCUGUUGGUGUAAUGAUGAAAGGAACAGCAGCCAUGUUGCCGUUAAUGUUGAUAGGACGUCUGAUCUUUGGUUCAGGAAAUGGAUCAUUAACAAUUGUACAGAACAGAAUAACAGCUUACUGGUUCAGAAACAAGGAGCUAGCUAUGGCUUUUGGUAUAACUCUGGCUUUUUCAAGACUUGGUAGUGUGUUAAACUUUUUCCUAACUCAGAAUUUUGCUCAAGUUUAUGGUCUACAGUGGACUAUGUGGGGAGGUGCAAUGUUGUGUGGAAUAGGUUUUGUUUCGGCCAUUGUUGUUAGUUCUUUAGAUAAAUGGGGUACAAAACAGAAAGGUGAUGAUGAGACCUUAAGGUCAGAUUCUAAAAAGUUGAAAUUCACAGACAUCCGGUAUUUCACAUUACCCUUCUGGCUUCUUGUUCUAGCUAUUAUGUUCUUCUAUAAUGGAGUAUUCCCAUUUGUUGCAGAUGCUAGUAAAUUUAUUAAAGAUAAGUAUGAUCUGCCUAAAACUACGUCUGCGUAUCUUGCGGGAGCUGUUUAUGAUGUGUCUAUGGUUGUUUCUCCAUUCCUGGGAGGUCUUAUUGAUGUUAUUGGUAAGCGAGGAAUAUUAGCCCUAAUUUGUGCAUUAUUAACCAUUCCUGUAUUUGGUAUAUUGGCCUUUACAUCUGUUUAUCCAUUGGUUGCUACUCUCUGGUUGGGAAUAACUUAUUCAUUUGCUGCGGCAAGUUUAUGGCCAUCUAUACCACUGGUAGUAAGUCAAGCUACUGUAGGUACAGCUAUGGGUGUUACGACAUCAGUACAGAUGAUUGGUAUUGGUAUAUCUAAUCUUGUUGUUGGAGAAAUUCUCGGAAAAAAUUUAACUGCUGUUGAGAGAUUAACCAGAUGGAAGUAUGUUAUGAUAUUCUUACUGGGCAAUACAUUAGCUUGUGUGGCUACAACACUUUUGAUGAAUAUAACUGAUAAGAAAAGGGGUGGUAUUCUGAACUUGAGUCGUAAACAGAAACUACAAAAGUUACAUGAUGUAACAGAAAGCUUUAACAGUGAAAGUGGAACAUAUGACACAGAUUCUGAACGCCAACCAAUUCUGGGUGCACGACAUCGUAGUAUUAAUGCCUAAUCACACUUUUCGGCACAGGAAAUCAGGGUUUUUUUUGUUUGUAACACUGAAUUAAUUUAAUUGAUGAUUGUCCAAUUAAAUAGGCAUCAUUGUGCUGUUGAGCUAUUUGAGAUCUUCUCCAGUUGGUAAAAAUAUAAUUCCCUAAUUGAUGGGAUUUGACUAAACAGUUAUAUUGAGAUGUUCAGAUUUGACAAGUAUGCCAAAUCAUCCCCAAAAUCUACUCAUUUAAACUUUCAAUUUACCAGUCAAAAAAAAUUUCUAUUGCUUUUUGAAGAGUCUGCAUUUUGAGAUGCUCAGAUUAGACAAGUAUGCCAAACUAUCUCCGAGAACUAGUUGUUUCAGCUUUCAUUUUGCUAGUCAAACAUAUUUUCUGUUGCUUUUCAAACAGUCUGUAUUCAGAAUUACCUUAUCUAAUGAGACCAGUUUGUAUCAAAUUAGAAAAAUCUUCUGACAUUAUUUUUUUGAAUAUUUCUAUAAUUUAAUGUUAGUGCUGUCAAUAGUGCAAUUGUUAGGUCAUAAGUGUUUUUUUGUUUGUUUGUUUGUUUAUAGGCUUAAAGGUAGUACAAACUACCUUUGGAGAUCUUUGACUAACUAGUUUGUAUCAAUUUGUUUGAUUGUUUCUUGAAUGCAAUCUUAUUAUUAUUAAUAUUGUGCAAUUGUUAAAUCAUAUGUUUUCUUAUUUAUUUUUUUAAAAUAGCUUUCAACAUUUAUUUAUAAUAAUCUAUCAUUGUGGUAUUGUAUAAUUAUAUGAAUGACAUUAUGAACUUUGAACUUUAUUACAGGCCAAGCAAAAAAUUUUCUGUAACCAAGAACUUAUAUACAAAUAUAAAUAUUAUACUUUGUGUAGUAUCAUGGGUCUUCUGUAAGACAUGGAGAGCGGGCCAUCAAAUCCGGUCGCCACAUCCUACGUACGACCCAUGCAUCUUUUCUUACUACAUAUCUUAGUAGCCUUGUGAUCGUCUAGUAUUUUCACUGUCGUCUUUGCUUCCCCUUCACAUUGUGUAUUUACUUCUUACUGUUUUCUCAGUUAAAAGUUUACCAUGGUUUCUUUUAUAGGACUCAUGGACAUCACGCACAGACUAGGCUAUUCAUGACCCUGAACCUGUGCAAUUACUGAUAUGAUUGGUUACUUUAGCCAAAUGAUGCAAUAAGUAAAUUUCCAAUCACGUGUAAUCUGGUGGUAUUUUGUUGACACAUAGAACCAGCUAUGUUUUGGUUCUAUAACUUUUUUUAUGUCAACCUGUCACUUAUAUUUUUAGUGCACAUUUAGUACAGUUGGCCAAAGACGUUAAUUAAUGAAAUAUACAUGUAAUGUGGCCAUUAAUCAUAAGAGCAAAAAUUCUAGCAAAAGUCUUACAUUUGAUAAUUUAAUAAACAUGGAUAAAAAUAAAGUAUAAGUAUGGCCCAGCCCCUUUUGUACAAACUAACACCUCUGUGUGUGAAUAAAAUAAGUAAUAAAUUAAUUAUAGUGUCAACAUGUAGGGGUAUAAUAAAAUCUUCAAUAUAAUUUCAUACAAAAAUGACGAACCACAAAACUAUUACAGAUAAUGAAAUAUUUGUUUUUUUGUUUAACUCCAUAAUUUGACAGAUUGUGUUAUUAAAUAUAAGGUAGAGCAUAAUAGUUGCAUUUUAAAUGGAUAGUCUGUUAUUAUGCUAGAAUAUGGUAUAGUCUUGGUAUUCAUACAAUCUAUUCUGAUUUUAAAAAAUAAGAUUCCCGGUACUUAUUAUAUUUUAUUUGUUUAAAUUUUCAUGUUAUUUUUUUAUUUUAUAUUUGAUAUUUAGUCCCAAAUUUAUUAUCAAAAUAUUUGUACUUAAUGUUAAAAAAAAUUGAACAUGUUACAAAUGGAAUGUAUCCGUAUUUUAAAUAAGGAAAUAUUCUGUAUUGAAAAAAAGAAAGAACUAACAUAAAGGAUUGAUUGAAGUUUAUUAAUUUCCCAAUUUUCUUGGAUUCAUUGUAGUGUAGAACUGUAAUAUUCUCACAUCCAUUUAUUGUGAGAUAUUACUACUGAAUUGAUCACAAAUAUACUUUCUAUUGUAAAUAUUUUCAAAUUACCAUUUUACAUGGUUUUCUUAGUCUUUUAGUGAUUAAUUAUUAGAUUAGUUUUGUUUGUUUCAAAAGAAUUUUUUUUCAUGUUAUUUAGUGUGUUUUUAUAGAUUAGAAAUCCAACGGACUCAAACUUAGUUAAUUUUAAUUUAAAAUACUGUAGUUUUUUUUUUGUUUUUUUUUUUUAAAAAAAGUGUGGGAGAUUUAUUAUAUUAUAUUUUUAGAAUUAAAGAGCUAAAUUAUAUCUUUCUCAUGUAUUUAUAGAAAGUAUUAGAUAACAGUCAACAGUAUUGAAAUUAUCUUAGUAGAUUAGGUUAUAUUUUCAUAUAGACAUGUUUAAAUAUUAUUUUCAUUAUAUAUUGCAUAGACUACAUAAUUUAGUUUAUAUUGCAUAUAGGCUACAAAUUUUAGUUUAUAUUUCCAUUAUAUAUUUUUUUUGCAUUGUUCAUUAUAUAGGGAUUGCAUAUACAUACAUAUUUUUCAUUAUAUACGGCAUCCGUUACUCACUCAUUGUUGUAUAUAAUGCAUGUUUGUAUGUAUUUUGUUUUAUGAUUAUAAUAAUUGUAUUUUAGUUUUUACUUAGUUUUAUUUUAACUGUUUUAUAUAUACUAUUACAUGUCUAUAUAUAAAGCUAUAUUUGACACACAGCAUAUCUCCCUAUAUAAUAAUAUACUCAGGGUCAAUAAAGCAGAUUUAAUCAAAUGAAAUAUAUGGUUUAAUUAUUUGCAGUUGUCAAAUAACAACAAAGAAAAAAAUGCAAAGCCCACAUUUAAUUUCACU